CGAGAAGAGACAGCAGACAGACCAAAGAGGAGGAUGAAGAUGAUGACAAUGAAGUACUGGCUGUGGAGCAUCGUGUGCAGCGCCCCCUUGCUGCUGGUCGAUGUGUCGGCCACCUACCAGGUCUUACCUGCCAAGAGCUUUGCACAGAGCAGAAAUAACGGACGACCACCCACUCGGACCCUCAACCUGGCAAAGACAGACUCUCAGUGCAGGAGCCGCCCCCUGGACCUGGUCUUCAUUAUCGACAGCUCGCGUAGCAUUCGCCCUGCUGAUUUUGAGAAGGUGAAGAUAUUCCUGGCGGACAUGGUGGACACAUUGGUAGUGGGCUCGGAUGCCACCAGAGUAGCCGUGGUCAACUACGCCAGCACGGUCAAGAUAGAGUUCCUGCUCAAGGACCACUUCAGCAAAGCCGACAUAAAGAAGGCCAUCUCUCGGAUCGAGCCCCUGGCCUCAGGUACCAUGACGGGUUUGGCCAUCAGAACGGCGUUGAACCAAGCCUUCACCGAGCAGUCCGGAGCCCGACCUCGAUCUAGGAACAUCUCCAAAGUGGCCAUCAUCGUGACGGACGGUAGACCUCAGGACCAAGUUGAGGAGGUGUCCGCUACCGCCCGGGCUGCAAGCAUCCAGAUCUACGCAGUAGGGGUGGACCGUGCCGACAUGGCGUCUCUGAGGCAGAUGGCCAGCUUACCUCUGGAUGACCAUGUCUUCUAUGUGGAAACCUAUGGCGUUAUUGAGAAGCUCACCUCCAAGUUUCGGGAGACCCUGUGCGGUCUGGACCCCUGUGCCGCUGGAAAUGACUGCGAGCACACUUGCGUCAACAGCAAUGCCUCCUUUUACUGUAAGUGCCGCAGUGGUUACAUCCUGAAUGCGGACCAGAGAACAUGCUCCCUGAAACAGGUGAAAGCCGAGGUGGUGGUGGUGGACCCUUGCAAGUGUGAAGCCAGACUGGCUUUCCAGAAGCAGACGCAGGCCACCAUGCAGCAGCUCACUGCCAAACUAGCUGAUGUGGCGGUGAGAAUAGAACGUCUGGAGAACGAGCUGGGUCGAGCAUAA